CAACACAGAUCAUUAAGUGUGUUUCGUGACUUCAGCCAGUGCGGACAAGUAGCAUCAUGAAGAUCUUUAUCGUACUCAGCGUUAUCCUCGCUGUGGCCUCGGCCGCUCCACGCAGCAGACGUGAAUCCACUGCCAAUGCCAAUGCCAACGCCCAGGCUCAAGGCGAAAAUUACGGUAAUCGUGGAUUUGGUGGACCAGGUGGUUAUGGAGGAUUUGGCGGCCAGGGUGGAUAUGGAGGAUUCAAUGGAGGCUAUGGCGGACCCGGAGGAUUCGGUGGUGGAGGAUACGGUGCUCCCGGAGGAUAUGGUAGCCCCUCUUUUGGUUUCAACGGAAAUCGUUUCAACGGUUUUGGUGGCGGAUUCCAACGUGGUCCUGGAUUCCAAGGAGGUCCCGGUGGUCCAGGUGGUUUCGGCGGAUUUGGCGGCGAAUCGAACGCAAAUGCAAAUGCCAAUGCCAAUGCUAAUGCUAACGGUGGCGGAUAUGGCGGCGGUAAUGCGAAUGCCAAUGCUAAUGCCAAUGCUAAUGCUAACGGUGGCGGAUAUGGUGGCGGUAAUGCGAAUGCCGAUGCCAAUGCUGUUGCAAAUGCUGAAGGUAACGGAUUCGGUCCAGGAUUCGGUGGUGCCAACGCCAAUGCUGACUCCAAUGCUGUGGCUAACGGCGGUGGCUUUGGUGGUUUCGGUGGUGAUGCUAAGGCCUCGUCUGUGGCCAACGCUUCAUCCAAUGGAGGUCUUGCUUCAGCCACAUCCAAUGCAUCCGCUGUGUCUGGAAAGUAAACUCACUGAUUGUCCAUUGAUCACUACUCACUUUCAAGUAAUUUAGCUGUUCUUAAUUUAUUAAAAAAUUAAAAAAUUCUACAAUUAACAA